GCGCUGGGCCGAAGAAUCCUGUGUGGCACAGAGUACGCAACCGUGCGCUAUGUUGGCAGCGUUCCUCCCGCAGCAGGAAUUUGGCUUGGCGUGGAAUGGGAUGAUCCUCAGAGAGGAAAGCAUGAUGGUACCUAUGAAGGAACACAGUAUUUUAAGUGCAGGCAUCCUAAAGGAGGAUCGUUUAUCCGGCCAAACAAGGCAAAUUUUGGAGUAGAUUUUCUUACUGCAAUAAAGGAUCGGUACGGAUUGAAUUAUGAGCAAGAUGUUCAACAUGGGACAGAGAAUACAUUAGUAUUUGGCAAGAAGAUUGUGGAAUUUGUUGGCAUGGAUUCUAUUGCAGAACAACAAAGCCAGCUGAACCAACUGGUAGAUAUCUCGGUGCGUGAGUGUGCCGUGAGCCACGCCGGUCAGGAAGAGGAAAUCAGCAGAACCUGUGCUAAUAUCAGGCAUAUAAAUCUAUCAAAAAAUUUGAUAUCGUCUUGGGAGACAGUAGUAGCUAUUGCUUCUCAAGUUCAAAAUCUGGAAACACUUAAUAUCAGUGAAAACAAAAUGAAAUUUCCAUCUACACCAACUUCUGUAUCCAGUGUAUUUUCAAAAUUGAAGAUUCUGGCACUUAAUCAAACUGACAUAACAUGGAAAGAGGUUCUUCUUUGUGCUCCAGGAUGGCCAGCACUUGAGGAAUUGUACCUUACUUCUAAUAAUAUCACAGUUUUGGAAAGGCCUGAUAAUGUCCUGCAGACCCUGAAGUUGCUGGAUCUUUCAGAGAACCAGUUACAGGAUGGAAGUCAGCUGCAUGCAAUAGCACAUCUCCCCAGAUUAGAACAGCUAAUACUUAGAAACACUGGACUAACUUCUAUAUACUUUCCUGAUGUCGGAUUUGGAUGCAAGUCAAAAAUGUUUCCUUCACUGAAACGCCUUGCGAUACAAGACAAUAAAAUAUCACAGUGGUCAUCUAUCAAUGAGCUCGAUAAACUGCCAAGUUUGCGGUCACUGCAGUGUCACAAUAACCCUUUCAUGGACACGGAAAAGAACCCAGAGACCCUGAGACAGCUAAUUAUUGCCAAGAUAAGUCAGUUGGAGGUUUUGAACAAGUCUGAGAUAAAAGAAAGAAAAGGAGCAGAGCUUGAUUAUCGCAAAAUAUUUGGAAAAGACUGGUUAGCAGCUGGUGGGAACUGGAACCCAGAGAAAAACAAGCCAAGUGAAGAAUUUCUUGCUGCCCAUCCCAGAUACCUAUCACUUUGUCUUAAAUAUGGCACCCCUGAAGAAGGAGAACUGAAAGGACAACAACCUUUGAUUCUGAAGAAUCAGCUUCUGACUUUGACAAUUAAAUGUCCUGAGAGACCUGAACAGAAGCCAGUAGAGAAAAAGCUACCAGAGUCAAUGACUAUUCAGAGGGUCAAAGGAUUGCUCUAUCGCCUACUUAAAAUUCCUGGUUCAGAACUGAAAUUGUCCUACGAAAGUUCUAAGCUGGAAGGAAAAGAAGUUGAACUAGACAACGACUUAAAGCCUUUGCAGUUCUACUCAAUAGAAAACGGAGACUGCGUGUUGGUACGGUGGUAA